AAAAAAAAAACUUUCAUUGCCACAUGGCAAACAUCUAGAAAAGAACCGAGUAAAUAGAACACUAGGAAAUAGAAUUGAUCAGAACUCCUAAAUGCCACCCUCAGGAGUCAAUGAAACCAAACACCCACCUGACUGACCAAACUUGCAUCCAGGAAAAGGUGAGCAACUACAUGCCUGAUGAAAUUUCUUACUCAAUUCUAUCAAAGUUGCCUCUUAAAUCUUUGAAGCGAUUUGAAUGUGUUCAAAAAUCAUGGUCUAUCUUAUUUGAAAAUCAUCACUUCAUGAACAUGUUCCGUGAUAAUUUAUUAUCUUAUUCUGACCCAGCGUCUCUCAUCCUAAGGGUUUUUAAAAACCGUAAACAACUUUUCUAUUCUUUCUCUGGUGAGAGGUUUGAGAAUAAUAAGGUUAAAUUAGAUUGGUCAAAUCCAUGUGAAAACUAUAUUUUUGGAUCUCGUAGUAUUAAUGGCACAUUUUGUCUCCAUGGAUCUGUGCAUUAUUCCGAAAUUGUAUUGUGGACACCAGCUACCCAAACACGCAAGCUUCUUCCAGACAGUGUGGCUGAGUCGUUUAAAAUGUUUAUCCCAGAUGAGGCUGAUGUUUCUUUUUUAUAUCAUGUUCAAGGAUUUGGUUAUGACCGUCUUAUAAAUGACUAUAAGGUCAUUCGGUAUGUGGGUAUUUACGUAGAUUCAUACCCUGGGGAUGAAGACUGGUUGGAAGACCUUGAUUCUGAUCACUUAUGGGAGAUAUAUAGCCUAAGAAGUAACUCGUGGAGGAAACUUCAUGUUGACAUGCCGUAUACAUUGCAAUGUUAUGGCGACACCCAAAUCUACAUGGAUGGAGUGUGUCAUUGGUUGUGUGAACAUUAUAACUUUGAACCGUGUUUGGUAUCAUUUUACUUGAGCAAUGAGGAGUUCUUCGUAACACCAAUACCCUCAGAUGUAGAUGAUUGUUUUGAUGUUAAAGUAUCGUGGAUAAACUUGGCCGUGUUAAAUGAGUCCAUUGCAUUGAUCUCAUAUCAUACAGAAACGACUACUUUUCACAUAUCAAUUUUGAGUGAAUUUGGUAUGAAGGAAUCAUGGACUAAACUCUUUAUUGCUGGACCAUUGCCUUGCGUUGAGCGUCCUAUCAUAGUUGGGACAAAAGGAGAAAUAUUCUUCAUAAGAAAAGAUGAAGAAUUAGUUUGGCUUGAUUUAAGUACCCAAAUGAUUAGGGAGCUUGGUUACAAACGAGAGCCUUAUACUAUGCUGUGGAUAAUAAUAUACAAGGAUGGCAUUCUUUCAAUUGAAGGACAGUAACCCAAGUAGGGACAUCCUGGCGUUCCGAAUUGAGGGAGCAGAGAUAUGUAAGACAGUGAUUUAUAAUCUUGUUGUGAUACUGUAAAGUUGGUAGAAUGUUAUUUGAAUCUAAGACGCCAUUACUUUAAUUUACAUGUCAUUUAUUUCUGAUUUGUUCUAACUGCUCUAGAUUGUUGUUCACGAAGAUAGUCCAAGCACGAGUGCAUUUUUGGGGUCUUGGCCCAGAUCAGAAGGAAUGUUUCUUGGCUCUUCUGUGUGUAUAGGGUUAUGGAAAAUGUAAAAGGGUGAAUGUAAAGGAAAUAAGAACAUACUGAUUGUGGAAAUAUACGGUGGAUACGCGUUAUAUGGUUUUGUUUCUGGAACAUAUUUGAUACUGAUACUGAGACGAUCAAUCAAAUAUGUUCUUUCAUGAUUGUGAAUUUGUGCUCAAAUCUGUAAAAAACAUAGGAUCUGUUAAAAUGUGCUGUGUUUGAAUCUA